CACAAAAGGAGAGGGAGUGCUGGUAAGAUAGCUAGUUGUUCCUCUUGCUCGUUGUUGCAGCCCGAGAUAUGGCGGGCGAGGUGGCGAAGCAAUGCUCAGUCGUAUGGUGGCAGUUCCUGCUUGUACUGUGGAAAAACUUCAUCCUGCAGAUCCGUCGUCCAAUCGGGACCGUUUUCGAGUUGCUGAUUCCUCCGCUGGCCGUUGUUGUCCUGAUAGGACUAAGGUUUGGUAUAUUCCAGCCCGAAGAUCAAUGCUUCACGACCUUUCCUUCCGACCCACUCACUGUGCCUCUACCAAACAAUACCUAUCAGAUCUUCUACACCCCAAUUAAUAAUGACACGGAAAGGAUUGCAAGUUGCAUAUCAAAGGCACUACCGUUUGCAAUGUGAUGGGUGUCGAAAACGAGCAGAUGUUGUUGGGCAAUCUCAGUGAAAACAGCGUGGACCCUCCACUAGAGUUUACCAUGCGAAUCCCGGUGGAUGACAGUAACUUCACUAUCCCUGUCAGAGGUGAUGCUGGCUGCUUCAUUGGCGGAGCAGGGAUAGUAUUCACAAUGUCAACAGAACUAAAAAUGACGGCGGCUGGAAUACACUCUAAGACUCAGACAUGAAGUCGGUGAAGAUGAUUCCUGGGAAACUCGCGAGGCUGCUCCAAACUUUCAGCUAACUGGACCACGCGUCAGAAACAAUUUCUAUUUGAGCGAAGGGUUCGUUCAUCUUCAGAACGUAGUUGGAGAGGCCAUAAUUCGACUGAUGGCUAACCCAGACAUGACUGAGUGCGAGGGUGUAUUACAGCCGGAGAUAUCUGUCUCCAUGCGGCAGCUGCCUUACCCUCAGUACACCAUUGACGUAUUUCUCUCUAUCAUAGUCACCAUCUUACCGUUCUUUGUGAUUCUGGCCUAUAUCUACUCUGCUGGAAUCUUCACUAAGGAGCUUGUGCUGGAGAAAGAGACUCGUAUCAGAGAGUCAAUGUUGAUGAUGGGGCUCCAGCAGUGGGUGCUCUGGACCACCUGGUUCAUCAAACAAUUCAUUCUCCUCCUCAUUUCUGCCAUCUUCGUCACCAUUCUUCUCAAGUUUGGACAGGUUUUCCCGAAUUCGAACUUUCUUCUGCUUCUCAUCUUCUUCAUUCUCUACAUUGUUUCGUUCAUUUCCUUCUGCUUCUUCCUGAGUGUUUGGUUCAACACGGCAAGAGUGGGACUACUGGUCGGAUUUCUUGGCUGGUUUAUGAACUACGUUCCCUAUCUCUUUGUUCCUGGGCAGUAUAAUAACCUUGAUCUUGGUGGAAAGAUAGCGUUCUGCAUUCUGUCCAACUCGUGCAUGGGUCUCGGAAUCAACACCAUAUCUCUCCUGGAGAUAAGAGGGGAGGGGGUCCAGUGGGGAAACUUUGCGGAGGACAUCUCCCUGGACGACGACUUUCACCUUGGAUACGUGUUCCUUAUGUUGAUCGUCGAUUCCAUUGUCUACAUGCUCAUUGCAUGGUAUGUGAAUGGAGUGAAGCCGGGACAAUAUGGCGUCCCGAAACCAAUCUAUUUUCCGUUUCAACCGUCCUACUGGCUCGGAAGACCUCUCACUUCAAAAACGAAAAAGGUACAUUCUGUGUAAACACAAGGUGAUAUGAUAGCUAAGUCAACUUCCUUCCUUAGUUGACCUGGUAGGUGAUAACUGAUAAGAUAGAUGGUAGAUUAUGAUAGUAGAUUACUGAUUAAGGUAGAUGGUAGAUUACUGAUAAGAUAGAUGGUAGAUGACUGAUAAGAUAGAUGGUAGAUUAUGAUAGUAGAUUACUGAUUAAGGUAGAUGGUAGAUGACUGAUAAGAUAGAGGUAGAUGACUGAUAAGAUAGAUGGUAGAUUAUGAUAGUAGAUUACUGAUUAAGGUAGAUGGUAGAUGACUGAUA